AUGGCGACCUAUCAUACAGAAGUGGAAUUUGGAACCGUGUGUCCAAUUUGCUACGAAGUAUUAACUGAAUCAAAGAGGUUUCCCGAUUGUUUGCAUUCCUUUUGUAAAUCGUGCUUAAUUUCAUACAUUGCAUCGGCAACCGUGAAAAAGACCGAAAUCGCCUGUCCUGUGUGUCGACAUGAGUGCGCCAUAACUCAAAACGAAAGUUACAGGGAUUGGGUGGAAAGACUGCCCAGCAUGGACAAUAUCCAGGACGAUAAAGGUCGGGUAGAUCCACCUGAAGAAAAAGAUAGUGCAGAUGUUUCUAAGCUCUGUGACGUUUGUCUCCGUCUGAAGUCAACAAGUGGUGGUGAAUUUUGGUGUAUAGAUUGCUAUGACAGGUUAUGUAGGAAAUGUUGCGACAUUCACAACUCGAUAAAAUCAUCCAUGGGACACGAAGUCAAAGACAUUUCUGAAAUGCCAAGCUCCAAGAUGUUAAAAAAUAAUUUAUACUGCGAGGUCCAUUCCGAUAGGAAAUUUGAAGCUUUCUGUUAUGAUCAUCAGCAGCCAUGUUGUCUGAUGUGUGCUACAAUAGCGCACAGGAAAUGUGAUGAAGUAACGACCCUUGAGGAAUGUGCCAAGUCUGUGAAAAUCGCUGACGUCAAUGCCCUACUAGAGAAAUUCCAAGCGAUGCAAGAAGUCUGUGAACAGAAACAGAAAAACGAAAAGGACAGCCAAUUAGAUUUCAAAUCAGACUGUUCACAAAAAGCGAACGAUAUAAGGGGUAAAGCAGAGAAAAUAAUCCUACAUGUCCAGGAAAGAGAGAGAGAGAUUUUGCGGGAUCUCUCGGAUAUUGAAAAAACACAAAAUGAGAAGUUUGAAGAAAACAUCAAAUGGUUCGACAAAGCCAAGGAAAGUAUUUUUCAACACAUGGAAUCCCUGACUGCCGUCAAAAGUUCUAGCCUCGUUGAUACGUUCCUUGAGACAACAAAAUGUCGAAAAACCUUGACCUCUUUGAAUGAUGACCUAGCAAAACUGAACUGUGAAGAAGAAAAGUUUUCUGUGUCUGUGAACAUAGAUAGUACCGUCGUAAAUUUUGUAAACAUCUUCAAAUCUUUUGGUACGUGUAGGCUGCAUGGUGAAGGGAAAAUAAAUUACCUGGAGGCCAUGCUAGAGAGCAUUUCCCGUAUUCCAUGUGAAUGUGCAGUUACAGAUCUAGAAGUACUCGAUGAAAAUCACCUACUCGUUUCUUCCCAAACCGAGAAAUCUGUAUACAUUUGUGAUAACAAAGGUACACUAAAAGCUAGACUUCACCUCGAUGGUGAACUCUGGGCAAUAUCUAAAUGGGGAGAUAAAUUUGCUGUAGUAAACCGAGAAAAAAAUUCUGUUCAAAUUCUAAAUGUAUCAACUGCUCCCCCAAAUUGCGUUCUUGAGCGAUCCAUUUGUUUGAACUAUAACCCAUCAGGAGUGGCCGAAAAUGGAGAAAAUAUCAUCGUAUUGUGUGACAGGGCAAUGCUUGAGAUAUCCAAGACAGGAGCAAUAACAGAAUUAUUCAAAACAGAUUGUAGUUGUGCAUAUGGAUUUUGUCAUGCCACGCGGGAUGUAAUAUUGUACACAAGUCCAAAUGAUAGCGGCCUGUUGUACGGUGUUAAGAAUACUGCAAAUUUUCAAUCUGUGUUUGCUAAAAAGUGUACGGACGUCAGUCAUCCUGUAGGUAUUGCUACUGAUGUCAAUAGCAAUAUUUACGUAGUAGGUUAUUCGUCAUCAUCUCUAGCUCAGUUGAAAGCGGACGGAACGUUCGUCAGGACAUUAAUAAAGAAAGAUGUAAGUUCCCCCUACGGUGUCCGGAUAAUUAGAGGUACCCAGUCGACGAAGCUUUUCCUGGCCUGUAAUCAGUAUAUUUGUGUAUACUCUUUCACUCAUACAAGAUGA